AUGAAGAGUACGAAACAUCGUGGAAAAUUGCCACAGUACGACGACAUUAUUAUGGCGAGACAGGCACUAUUGUCAUACAUUGGUCCGGCGAAAAAAGAAGACAUUUCAAAUUACGAAAUGGUAGUAUGCUCGCUAAUCGCGGAAAGAAGUCUUCCAAUAAGUCUUGUCGACAAUUUGAUUCCGACGAUGCGGCGAUUGCAUCCGAAAGAUGAAAUUCUAAAACAAGUGAAGCUUGGACGGACUAAGGCCACCAGUAUCUUCAAAGAUGGAUUUGGAAACGGUCUGAAGAAAAUGUUAGUCGAGAAACUAAGGACCACUUUCUUUUCAAUCGUCAUCGAUGAGACAACGGAUGUGACAAUCGAAAGCCAACUUGCUGUAAUGGUCCAUUACUGGGACUCUGCGGAGUUUAAACUAAUAGUGGAUGUCUUGGAUUUCGUCGUGUGUAAAGAAGCCACGGCAGAUGGACUAUCCGUUUCAGUUCUCGGCCUACUUGAGAAUUUGAAGAUUCCAUUCGAACGCCUCAUCGGGUUCUCUGCCGAUACAUGCAAUGUAAUGUUCGGAGUUAACCACUCUGUUUCAACAAUUUUAAAAGAAAAAAUACCCUCCAUAGUGCUUGUCAAAUGCUCUUGCCAUUCCUGCCAUCUCGUAGCGAACUAUGCUUCGAAAGCUUUGCCGGAUCAGUUGGAAACAAUUUUGCGAAUGAUUUUCGCCCAUUUUCCCGUAGUAGCAGUCGGAAACGAGACUGAGGUCUUGGAUGACAAAAAUAAAGCCUCACUUGACAUCUUGACUUACAUCCGUCAUCCCAUGACAAAACCGCUACUCUUGUUCAUGGAGUACGCUCUGGGCUACUAG